CAUUCGCGAUGUUUGCUCGGCGUGACUUACUCCACUCAUUUGUUUCGAGAUCGAGUUCGAGAGCUUUUCAUAAGUCCUAAAUGAAUUAUAUCUCUUGUAUUAAAACGGGAUAAGAAUUUUAAAAAAUUAUCCGUAUUUUGACUAGUAACGUACUAGAUAAACUUCAUUAAAUGAAUUACUUCACGAUAAUAUCGAUAAUGUACUUUAAUUACUUUAAUUAUUGCAUGUUUUAAACAUUUUGAGUAUAAAUAGGAGGCUAAACCAUGUCAUGUAAUCGUUUGUAUACGUUGAAAAUAGAGAAAAUGUUCAGAAGUUACUGCAUUGUUCUUUCUUUGGCUGUAAUUUGUGCAACAUUUCUUACAGUUACUGGGGCUAAAAAGGGCUUCUGCUCAGAUAUUAUGGCUAAAAACGCAUGUGAAUCCUUGUAUAGUUCAGAUAAGUUUGUAUUUUGCUCAAAGUAUAUAUGUUCUGCCCAACAAUCAUAUGCUUCCACAAAGGCAGAUGCAGUUAAAGAAAAAGACAAAAAUAAGCCAAUAUGUGAAAAAGUAAAAUCAAAGAAAUACUGUAGUCGGGUGUACAAUGUUGAUGCAAGUACCUAUUGCAGCGUGUACCAAUGUACCUGGAACGGCCUAGCUGUUUAGCAACAGAAGGUUCAACAUUUUAGCACUUUUUUGAAUAACAACCAAGUUUUAAACACCUAAGUGAAAUAUCAAAGUAUAUUUAUAUGUAAAGUAUUGAUAAAAUAUAUAAUCGAUGAAACUUAAAAUUGCAAUAUA